AUGGCCCACACUACAUCCAUCGCAGUGUUCCCACAGAAUGUGUCUGCCCUCAAGGGUGGGCAUGUAGUCCUUCCAAGUGGCCUCAUCCUGUCAAACGCACAGACAGACAGCAAAGAAGUCAUACCAUCCCUAUGCUUCCUCCUCACCCACUCCUCUUUCAAGAGAUUUGUCUUUGACCUCAGCACCUGGCGUAACCUCAAGUCUUACCAGCCCGCUGUGCGCAAGUACUUCUCCAGCGGGCUGUUCAUCGUGUCUGUCUCUCAGGACGUUGUUGGAUUGCUGGCCAAGGGCAGCCUGGCCCUGGACGACAUCGACACUAGCACAUUCGUGGUGGGCAGCGCAUGCCAAUCGCUGUUUCCUGAGGGCAAGGCAUACCAGGACAACCCUGCAAGCUCGCACACACACAAUCUCCUCCCUGUCGACCAGACACGAUACCUCGUGGUGGAGGAAUGGGGCCCUAUCAGACCCUUCCCCCACAUGUUCAACUUCUACAGGGAUGGAAGCCUGUAUCUCGUCGACAGCCCUGGGCACCUCCCUGGGCACCUCAACGUCCUCGCACACAUGUCGGCUGACAGUGUACCUAGCAGGCAACAGUGCACACAUGUCAGUUGGAAAAUAAUUACCGGAGACUCUGAGAUAAAAGUAGGCACACCAUGGGAUCUGCACUUUUGCAUACUCGACAGAGAGAAGGCUGAGGGCCACAUCGCAAAUAUCUGGGCCUUGUAG